UGGUUCGGCGGGUUGGGAAUGGACCCCGGAAAUUACAGGGGCAUUUUCUCUGACAUGUCGACGUUUGUGAGGGAAAAGGAGUUCUACUAUAAGGCAGGCAAGGAUUGGAAGAGGGCUUACUUGUCGUACAACCCUGCUCCUCCUCCUCCUCCUCCUGGUACUAGUAGUACUGAUAGAAUCAUGGCUGCUAUGGCUAACUAUCUUAAAUUUGAUAUCUUUCAUUUGGAUCUUACGAGUUUAUCCUCCAUCUCCGACCUCGCCAACGCGCUGGCCUCCACCAGGAACCGCUCCUUGAUUACGAUUAAAGAUUUUCAUCACUGGGCUGCUCCCCAUUUCAAGAAUAAUGAGUUGAUGUACUCGGGUUUGCUGGGAAUCAUUGAUGAACUGUUGUCGAGCUGUAGGGAUGAGCGGAUCAUUGUACUCACCACGGACCCCAACCAUGGAGACCUAGUUGAUGCUGCUCUGAUGCACCGUUUCCGGAAGUAUAUAUACAUUGACACAUCUUCACCUGGGCUUAUAGACUUACCAGAUGGAGGAGAGAUUGUACAGCUUGAUUCAUCAGAACAAAAAACAUUGUUUGAUUUUGAUGCUACAAAUAACGGGGAAUAUCAAAGCGGCGUUCUUGUGUCUAUUCUAGAAAAGGAAAAUACUAGAGAGGCAUCAAAGAAACGGUGUAUGACGAAGAGUGCACUUAGUUUACAAGAAUAUCAUCGGCGGAUUUUGAUGCUACAAACAACAAAGCAUAUCUUGUGAGGGCAUUUCAGAGUGGCCCUACUACGUUUAAGUCAGAGAAGAAAGAUAUGAGUGGGGGAUUAAAAGGAGAAUGCUUGGCUAUGAGUGGACUUAGUUUAGACGGUUCAACAAAACGAAUAUUUGCCGGAUUUUCAACAAGAGAAAUCACCAGAUCUGCCAAGAGUGAUGCUACGCAGAUGAACAAAGAGUGACGAAAUCGCCUAGAUACUUGGGAGGAUUGACUGCUCAGGUUGGUCCUCUCCCUGGUUUGAACACACACACAGGGCAUCUUUUGUAUCCAUAUUCUCCAGCCAGGUCUGCAAACAGUGCCAAUACGUUCCACGUUGUUGAAUUUGACCUUUGUUCAAGUAACAGCGUUUGAACCCAGAUUCCGAUUCG